AUUAUUGAGACAUUAUUGUACUAGUAGUGUGCAAGUUUCACUCCCUAUAUAUAUGUGCAUCUAUACACCAAGCUGAGCAUCAUAUUCCCAUCCAAACUGUUACCAAAGAUUCUGAAGGUUCAAAAUGGCCACUUAUAACAACAUCCCUGUGGUUCUUAGCUAUGUCACAACUACCUUCAUGCUCAUUUUUCUUCUUUCUGUCACCAAUGCUAUAGCUAGUGAGGAUGAAAACACUACACUCAACACCCAAUCCCUCCUUCACCCACUUGAAUCAUAUCAACUAGAUUUGGGCAAAGAUAUUGAUCCCACUAAAUUGACUUUCAAGCUUUCAUUCACAUGGCCUAAAGGCUAUUGCAAGACUAAAGGGUCUGGAUGCGAAAAAGCAACCAACUUGCCUGACCAUUUCACAAUUCACGGCUUAUGGCCUAUCUAUAGAGCUAAGUGCACCGACUCGACCGAGAAGUUCAGUGUCGAUCUGGUGAAAGAUCUUCGAGGUCGUCUUGAUCAGAAUUGGCCAGACUUGAAAAAUUAUGGGAAUCCAAGUAAGUAUGGAACUUUUUGGGAUCAUGAGUGGGUGGCUCAUGGCAAGAAGUGUGCAUUGUAUACCGUCAAAGGUUAUUUUAGGCGAUCUCUCAAUUUGUACGAUGCCAGCAACGUUUUACGGCUUCUUCAACAAGCAGGAAAUCCAACAAAUGUUGAGGGUGUGAAAAAGGCAUUCCCCGGAAGGACACCCACAGUUUUCUGCAAAGAUGGAAGUGAUGGAAAAUAUUAUUUUUUCCAACUUGAGUUUUGCCUUGACAGAUAUGAAGCAUUUGAGAACUGUCCAGAACCAUCGAGGCCAGAUAAAACUCAUUGCACUCCGGGCAAAGAAUUUAGUUAUGGUGCUUAAUUAAUUAAUUUCCACUCUACGAAUAUAUGUGUGUGUAAACUUGAAUAAUCUAAACAGUCUUGGGAUGGCUAAUUAUGUCCAUCAAGCUAAGAUUGGGCUGUAGCUUAAUAAUAGAAUAAGCAAUCCCUGUAAGGCAGUAGGGCGAUUAUGCUGCCCUAAGUACGUAAAUAAUUGCAACUUUGCAUUAAAAUAAAGUGUUGAGUUUGGUUUCAACUUUACAUCACGCAGCUUGAGUUACAAGUAUUAUAUCUUGUGCAAUUUUGCACUAGAAUGUUUUAAUUAGCCUAAAGUUUUAUUAUCUAGUUUGACUUGAUCUGAUUUUGUUGAGUCUAUUUAAGUUUGAUGUGAUCUGAUCAACUGGUCUGGUCAAUAUUGGUGUACGUGUAUUUCACAACUCUGGAAGUUUAGUAUGGUCUGAAUUCUGAAUUCCGUAGUCUGAUUGGUUGUACUACAUGGAGUGGUUUUUAGUAGUACUCUCUCCGUUCCUAAAUGUUCUUCCGUAGUAC